UACCUCGGGUGAAUUGGGACGUCAGUGAUCUAUAGACAAGGUCUAGAAGAUCCAUUUAGUUUCUCUAGUUUGAGUUUGACAAUGUAGAUGCUUUGCUAUGCUGUCAUUCUUCUUUUCCUUCAUCAGGCUCUCUUCACCUCGGGUAGUGAUAGGAAGAUGGGCAACCGGUCUAGUUGGAUGUAUUUUUGUACUGGACUCGAGGAAGUAACUUUCACAGACGGGCAAAUGCGUCUAGCUGCUGUGUGUAACGACAGUCAUGGGGCACAAAGUAAGAAGAAUGUGAUAGGAUGCAAGAAUAGCGACCGUCUGACGUUGUUGUCUUGAAAUUCUAGUGGAUGGUGGAUGUUGCUCGAUGACCGACUACGUUCCGAUUAAUCCAACGAAGGAUUAUGAAUUCUGCAUCUACAUCAAAUCGACGUGUUGUCGCACAUAUUGCGAACCGGAUACAAUUGGUACCAACGUGUGACCUGCAUAUGUCAAUGUUAUCAUCUGCUUCCGUGACGUCAUUGGUCGGCGUCUCAAUCCGCGUUAUUGUUUGGAACUCAAGUGAUGGCUGAGUGAAUCCCACAACUGUGAAAAACAGCACGCGACAAAUGUGUGGCACAGCAAAUUCUAACCAACACGCCGAUACUCAAAGCGCUGCAACGCUUCUCACUACACAGUAGAAACGCGAGACAUGUUUGUAGGAAGCAGCAGAAGGCAACAAGAAGGCCUACCUCGGGAGCACUAGGACGUCACGUGAUAAUUCUCGCAUUGCAAGCGCCUGUACAACUGAAUUUUGGCAGUGUUAGUGUCUGUCAGAGAAUACGAAUCUAUUGUGUAAAGAAAGUGAUAAAUACAAAUUCAUUAAUUUUUGCUCCAGCAGCGGUGAAGAGCGGACAUUCUCUAGUUGUUCGAGUCUGACAAUGAAGACGCCUUUCUCUGCUGUCGUUCUUCUUUUCAUUCAUCAGGUUUUCUUCACCUCGGCUAGUGAUAUGCAGAUAGGCGACAGGUCUAGAUGGAAGUCUUUCGGUGCUGAACUCGAGGAAGUAACUUUCACAGACGGGCAAAUGCGUCUAGCUGCUGUGUGUGAUCAUGGGGCACAAAUGGAUGGUGAGUGCUGCUCAACGUCUGACUACAUUCCGAUUAAUCCAACGAAGGGUUAUGAAUUCAGCAUCUACAUCAAAUCGACGGCAGCUGACAUGGUAAACUCAUUUGGUUUCUACGUUUACAAUAAGAACCAAGAAAGAAUAUUGAAUCCUAACUUGAAUAAUCCAUAUUUCAAAAACAGUGAUAACGAUUCAAAUGUGUGGACCAAAUGGACGGGCUACAUUCUUCCUCUCUACAUGUCUGACUCGAACAGUGACAGCCAAUCGGAUUCUCAGUUUGACGAGACAAAUGGAGUAGAUUGGAAGUGGCCACGUGAUGCUAAAUAUGUUGCCUUACGAUUUGGAUCGUAUGGUAGUGACAGUCAAAACUCAAAAAAAGUCUUCGUUCGUAGGCACGCCGGACACACUUUGUGGGCACCGUUUGCUAUUUCAGACUCUGUUGAGCCUGCAACAGAUGAAAGUAACACUGUACCUCCAACUCCUACUUCACCUCCACCUGAUACACCUGCUGUAGACAAGACGUGGUACUUGAAUGUCAGCUUUCGCGAAUUGGAGGCUGAACGGCGUCCUGAACAUGUUGUUGUCUGGACCUUUAACGUAUCUGACUUCCGUGAAUGGGAAUCGAAACCAAACGACACUGAUGCACAUAAUACACAUGCUGCUAUAGCCAAGAUGGUUGAGGGAAAAGAGAGAAAAUGUUAUUCUCCGUGGGGCGUUACACAUCCAUUUGAGAUUGAUUCAGACAAAUCAUAUGAGUUUAGUGUUUGGAUCAAAAGCACACAAUCCGAUCUUCACAACUUUUUUGGUUUUCGAGCGUAUGACAAAGACAAAAAUCCUCUGACCUUCCCAUUACUUUCAAGUGACUAUCUGCAGUAUUAUUCUAAUGUCACAACCAAAGCGUAUUUCAAAAGAAGCAACAAUGAUACAAAUGAGUGGACAAGAUGGAAUGGAUUUGUACUUCCAGACGGAGCUGAUGACAUUUUUUCCCACCUCAAAGGACGAAACUGGGUGUGGCCACGAGGUGCCAAAUAUGCGCAGUUGAGGUUUGGCACUUGCUAUGGUAAAGGAAACGAUCAAGACAUCACCUAUUUCGCUCUUCCUCUAGUGGUGCAGACUGAUUUCUAGUCAUAGAAUGUUAUGUACUUGUGUCGUUUCAGACGAACCAACAGCUAGUUAGCUAAUUAGCCCUUGUUUUUUCACGUUAAAUUAAGAUGGCGUUUCUAUCCCGUAUGUCAAGUUUCUAAAUUUACUAUAAAUCUACCUCUGUUAGAUACGUGUAUGUAGAGCGAAUCAAAAAUCGUGCCUUUGCAUGCACGUUUCCGAAUACGAUUGUGCAUGCUGUUUCGUGAACACGUUUGUCGACUACUA